ACACCAGGACAACCUCUUCCCGCGCCACCGGAGUUGUAGGGAAGCUCGAGUCCCCGCUCAAGGCCGCCGCGGGGCGAGAUGCUGAGCUCCACCGACGACCUGGAGUUUGAGACCGCCGAGAACAUCGAGGAGAUCUCCCAGCUGUCCGCCCUGGAGCUGUCGGACACGGCCUCCAGCGAAAGAAGUUCAGCCGAUACCCCCGAGAAAACUGGUUACCCGGACUCUGUGUACGUGACGGCGGCGAACGUGUUUCGGGGUAUUCGAAUCGAGAAGUCGCCAGACAAAGCCAUAAUCAAGUACGGGAGCGAACCCCUGCAGUCCCUGCCCCAGUAUGAGGACGAGUCCUUGCAGCGUUUGUCCUACGAGCUGGCGUUCAGUACCCUUAAGUAUCAAGAUAUUUUGGAAAGUAUAUUAAUAGACAGCUAUAUCUUCCCAAGUACCACAAUACCAGAUCAUUUGAGCAGUCUUAUUGUUGUGAUGCUAUAUGAUUUCCAAGAUAGAAAGUUCCAAAAUCGUGUUAUUACUGAUAAUGAAGAGUCCAUAGCGGAAGUUCAAGAAGUAGAGAACCUUCUUAACAGCUUUAAGACGAAAUUGGCCGCAGCAUUGGCAAGAUGUCGAAUCAAACAUGAUGCCCUUUCAAUAUACCAGAUUCUGCCAGAAGAAGUUAGGAAGCAGGAACUAAGGGCUUCUACUCUGCCACUUUAUGCUUGGAUAAAUACCUGUAAAGUCAGCCCUGAACAUGUUUUUAGCACUUUGAAGAAGAAAGGCUAUAACAGAGUCAAAUCUGUACUACAUAUUGAUGGAAAAGUCUUUGCUGUGGACCAACACUGCUGUGAUGUCUUAAUUUUUCCCUCCCAUCUUAAAAAUGAUCUAAUCAAUACAGAUCUAUUCAAAGAGUACAAACUUAUUUUUCAGGACAAAUCUCGAAGUCUUGCUGUCCAUUCUGUAAGGGCUUUAUUAAAUAUGGAUGAUGAUAUCUUAAUGGUCAAUACAGGUUCAUGGUACACAGUUGCUCAUAUGUCAAUCUUAACAAGCAAUAAUACCACAAAGGUCUUCGUAUGUGGAGUACAGUCACAAGCUAAAGAUCCCGACCUGAAGAAACUUUUCACAAAAAUGGGAUGUAAAAAUAUUGAAAUUCUUCAUGAGACAUUUGUGAACAUUGAAGCCAAGGAUCACAGGUUACAGAAAGUCAAAGUGAUUUUGCUGCUGCCUCGUUGUUCUGGACUGGGUGUCAGCAACCCCGUAGAAUUUAUUUUAAAUGAACAUGAAGAUGCAGACUUACUUAAAGAUCACUCGCAAGGAGGCACCUCUGAAGAUAAGCUUCUGGCUCUUGCUCAGCAGCAGUAUGAACAGCUCAUACAUGCAAUGAAAUUUACUAAGGCCCAAGCAGUUGUAUACUGCACAUGCUCAGUUUAUCCACAAGAAAAUGAAGUAGUGGUCAAGAAAGCACUGGAAUUUCAAGACCAGGGGAUUAAAAUACAACCUUACAGGCUUAGCCCUCCUGUUCUGCCCCUGUGUUCCUUAAGAGAUAUACAUUUGUCUACUGAUAAAUUUUUCAGAAUGGAACCAUCAGAAAUUACCAAUGGUUGUUUUCUUUCUAUUUUGACAAGAGAGCGGGACCCAUCUGAAACAGUAUCUGUGAAAGAUGUUUUGGCCCGAGCUGCAGCCAAGGGUCUGCUGGAUGGAAUGGAGUUGGGGAAGUCAUCAAAGCGGGAGAAGAAAAAGAAAAAGUCAAAAACAUCAUUGGCAAAAUCUUGUACAACUGAAAGUAAUGGCAUCCAGAUGAAAAUUGCAGAGUACCUGAAUCGAGAAACUAAAGCAAGUGCUAAUCAAGCAGAGACACUAUCGACAAAAACAGAGGUGUCCCAGAAACCCCCUACUCAAGGGGGUGUUUCCUCAAAUGCCCGAAAACCCCAUAAGGCUGCCCCCAACUCUCUGGUGUCCUCAGUAAUGAAGACCGCCGGUUCCUCCAGGCCAUGUGAUCGGCCAACAAACUACUCAAGACACAGACCAGAAGGCAGAGUGAUUCCUCUGAAGCCCGUGGAGAUCAUGUUACCGCCGGUGAUGCUGCCGUCUUCCAGCCCCCAGACGAGCAGGUCCCAGCUGCCCACCCAACAUUUCUACUAUCGGUGGGUUGCACCCAAGACGAGUGGGCCUGGCUACCUCCCCACAUCCUCAAUCUACAAGAGAGGGGAAAAGCCUAAAGAGAACUUACCCUCUGCCCGACUCGGCCAUCCUCGGCCUUGGCUUUGACUGUCCUGUGUUGGUGAUGGGCCGGAAUAGGUGACAUUUUAUUUUUUCCAAGUAUGGUGUUUCUCAAGGUUUAGACAUCACUGCUUAAGAUAUUCAUUUAGCCACAUAGUAUCUUCUGAUGUGAUAUACCUUCAGAGAAUUAGACAGGUAAGAUGCAAUGAUGUACAGGAUUAUGUGAGCAGAAUUUAGACUCGGUGCUGAUCUGCUGGGCUGGAGACUGAGGCAGCAUGGAACUUGCCUCACUCCUGUGGAUUUUCUGCCUCGAUAAAAGCUGCAAGUCUCUGCUGAUGGCAACCUGGCCUGCCUUCUAGCAGGCUGUCCUCAAACGCCAUGUGGGGGGAGGCUUGCUAGCCAGCCCUGAUGUCUGCAGAAGUCGCUGGGUUGCUCCCACUGCUCCUUCAGGAACCGGGUGGUUGAAAGAAAUGAACCUUUGCAAUCACUAUCAAGGUCGAUUUCUUUCUUGAGUAUCACACUGCUCCUGAAACCGGAUGCAUCAGCAUGAACAUGAGGGGAGGACGCAUGGCCUCCGUGGGGCCUGGCGCGCCGAGGUCACGCACCUGUCUACCCCCAGACAAGGGCUCUCACAGGAACGCUUCCAGGAUCUUGAGUAGAUCGAGCGUACUCAUCCCUCCCUUCUGCCUGUUCAUGCCAAAUACUGUUGUAAAAAUGACUAAGCAAUUUUUUUAAUCUAAAUAUGGACAAUUCUGAGAAAGGCAAAACUAUUGAAUACAAGUGAUAUCUACUGAAGAAACAGAUUUCUGAUUUGACUCAAAGAUCAGGUGAUAGAGCAAACUGUACAGGUCAUUUCAGAUAGCACACAAUAAUCAAACUUUGGCAAAUCAUUUCUGAUACACAACUAAAACACAUUGUAGCACUAUGUUAAGAUAUUAAAUGUCAAUUUGUC